AUGUAAAAAAUUGGUUCUGUUUUUGUUUUGGUAUAGUUCUGAAACUUAUUAUUUUGUAUUUCUAAUUUAGGUGUGUCUACUUGCCAUUUUGCCUGGGCUUUUCAUUCUGAGGCUGAGGAAGAGCUGAUUAAUAUGAUUCCGGCAAUUCAGAGAGGGGACCCUCAGUGGUCUGAGUUAAGAGCUAUGGGAAUAGGUUGGUGGGUGAGGAAUAUUAACACUCUUCGAAGAUGCAUUGAAAAGGUUGCCAAAGCUUCUUUUCAAAGGAACAAUGAUGCCUUGGAUGCUGCAUUAUUCUACCUUUCAAUGAAGAAGAAAGCAAUAGUGUGGGGUCUGUUUAGGUCACAGCAUGAUGAAAAAAUGACAACAUUUUUCAGCCACAAUUUUAAUGAAGAUAGAUGGCGUAAAGCCGCUUUGAAAAACGCUUUCUCUUUACUUGGAAAACAACGCUUUGAACAAUCUGCUGCUUUUUUCUUGUUAGCUGGUUCAUUGAAAGAUGCCAUUGAGGUAUGUCUUGAAAAAAUGGAAGAUAUCCAGCUAGCCAUGGUAAUUGCCCGUUUAUAUGAAUCUGAUUUUGAGACUUCAUCCACUUAUAUAUCCAUCCUAAAUCAGAAGAUUUUGGGUUGCCAAAAGGAUGCCUCAGGAUUCGAUUGCAAAAGAUUACAUCCUGAUCCUUUCUUACGUAGUCUUGCAUACUGGGUAAUGAAAGAUUAUGCCCGAGCCUUGGACACGUUAUUGGAACAAACACCAAAGGAGGAUGAUGAACGUCAAGGUAGAACAUUUUGUGGAUUUCUCUUUUUCUUUUUUAAAAGAAGACAGUUUCUGAACUGAUGUUCACUUAGAUAAUACACACACACACACACCCCCCACACACAACCGAUCAUUACCAGAUUUACUUUUCAACUUUGAGAAAUUAGUAUCAAAAUUUCUUGUGUGGCUAAAGGUUUAGUCACUUACUAUCUAUAAUUGAAUCUAGCAUUUUGUUAUCAUAAUUUGAGUAGUAAAAGAAGACUUCACACACAUUUUUACUCUCAUAGCUAUAUAUCAAGGCAUAUAAGAUUACCAUACUAUUCUAAUUUCAUAUAUAUUAGACUGAAGCAUACAGAAUGUUUCCACAUCACACAGCUCUUUCUAUGUAUCAUAAUAGCCGGUUUCCUAAAAAAGUGUAAAUUUUGGCUGUUACACAUGUUGGUUUAGUGUAUGGGCCUACAAAAACUUUAUUCUUGUGUGGCGAACUUUCUUUACUCUUAGUUAUACCAAAUAAUUUAAAUUUUUAAAAGCAUUUGGAAGGUAUCUAGCAGCAUUGUUUGCAAUAAUUUAGAAAAUGGAACAUUUUAAAUAUUCAUCAAUACAAUAGUUAUAUAAAUUAUAAUAUAUCCGUACUAUAGAAACAGUGUGCUAUUAAAAAUGGGGUAGAGUGAUGUGUUAAUAUGUGCUGUAUUAUUAAGUGAAAAACUAAGAUAUAGAACAAUAUGGUUCUUGUUGCACUUUAUGUAUAUAUGUCGUGCAUAUACACACGUGUGUGCACACACGUACUGUGUCUGGUUCCCACUCCCUCUCCAUUUUUUGUGUUUUGGAACAAAUCACAAGAAACUACCGGCACUGGUUAUCUUUUGGGAAUAGGAGUGGGGAGAUACAAGCUUUUACUUUUCAUUUUGUACUUUCCAUAGUUAUAAUUUUCUAGCCUUUUAUUUUUAUUACAUAUUAUUUUUAAACAUUAAAAGAGCUUACAUGAAUAAAGAGAUUCAGGCUCAAUUUUUACUUCUUCUUUACAAAAAAGAAAUAUAAUAUUUUAAUACACAGUACCCCCUUAUCCACAGGGAUUAUGUUCCAAGACUCCCAGUGGAUGACUGAAAUUGUGGGUAGUACCAAAUCCUAUAUAAACUAUGUUUUUUUAAUAUAUAUAUAUGAUAAAGUUUAAUUUAUAAAUUAGGCACAGUAAGGGAUUAACAAUGGUGACUAAUAAUAAAAUAAAAUAGAACAAUUAUAACAAUAUGCUGUAAUGAAAGAUGUUGUUUCUCUCACUCAGAAUCUUAUCAUACAAAUUUAUUACCUUUUCCAUCUUAACUAAGCACUUACCAUGCACUGUGCCCAUAACUUUUGAAGUUUGAGGUGUGACAGAAAAACUAGCAUGAAUUUCUUUUUCCUGCUUCACAAUUUCACGGACAGAAGAUUCAUUCUGACCUUAGAUCUUAGUACCCUCAGCUUACAAAUUUUUUUACUUUCCUUAUUAAAUAGAGAACUUUCAAAUUUUCACUUAAAGGAAGCACUUACGCUUCUCUUUGGCAUAGAUGAACUGCCAGCAUCACUACUUUUGCACGUGGGGCCGUUAUUAAGUAUUAUAAAAUGAGGGUGACUUGAACACAAGCACUAUGGUGCCGUGACAGUGGAUCUGAUAAUCCAGGUGGCUACUAAAUGACUAAUGGGUGGAAUACUCUGGACAGGAUGGAGCGAGAUUUUUGUCGUGCUACUCAGAACCACUCGCAAUUUAAAACUUAUAAAUUGUUUAUUUCUGAAAUUUUCCAUUUAAUAUUUUUGGACCUCAGUUGACCUCAGGUAACUGAAUCCAUGGAAAGCAAAACUGCAGAAAAGGAGGGACUACUGUAAAUAUUUUUAAAUUUAUUUAAAGGAAAGGAAAUAAAACCUUUAGAAGAAAAAUAUCUGACCUACCCAGGUAAUUUUAAUAAAAUGUACACAUUUUUACAGAAGGAAGAUUCUGUUUAUUUCUUAAUCUUUUCCAGGUUAACUUUUAAAAGGUUGUGUGUUAUUGGGGAAAAUUUUAUGUAUACAUAGAAGAGUGAAUGAUAUAAUGAAAGUCUCUGACUCUAUCAUCCAGUUUCAGUAGUUAUCAACUCAUAACCAACCUCGAGCCAUAUAUAUAUUCCCAUCCUUUCCACACCCUCCCAUUCUCAAUACUGUAUAGAUUCAUUUUGAAGCAAACACAACAGAUCAUUUCAUCUGUGAAUAUUGCAACAUGCAUCUCUAAAAACUAAGGACUCUUUAAAAAACAAUAACACAUGUCAUUGUUAUAACACAUAACAAUUUUAUUAGUAAUUAAAUACUCAGUCUUCAAAUUUCCCUGGUUCUCUCAAAAUCUUAUACAGUUGAUUAAUUUGAAACAAGAUCCAUAUGAUGCCUAUAUAUUGUGAUUGGCUGAGGUGACUCUUAUGUCUGUUUUGAUCCAUAUUUAGUUACCCCUCUCCCCCUCCCCCAGUUUA